UCUGGUGUGCAAAAGGAAGCUUGAAAGUAAAAAGGAGGCAUUGCUUAUCCUUUCCAAAGAGCUGGAUACCUGUCAACAAGAAAGAGACCAGUACAAGCUUAUGGCCAAUCAGUUGCGGGAACGACACCAGUCUCUGAAAAAGAAGUAUCGGGAGCUGAUUGAUGGGGAUCCAUCCCUUCCGCCUGAAAAAAGGAAACAGGCAAAUCUUGCUCAACUACUGAGUGAGGCUCAAGAUCGAAAUAAACAUCUUGGAGAAGAGAUUAGAGAGCUUCAACAGAGACUGGGAGAAGUACAAGGGGACAAUAAGCUCCUCCGAAUGACAAUAGCUAAGCAGCGACUUGGAGAUGAUGAAGUUGGGGCUCGCCACUUUGCAGCACAUGAACGGGAGGACCUUGUUCAACAACUGGAGAAAGCUCGAGAACAAAUUGAGACGCUGAGAUAUGAUCUUCAGGCUGCACUGGAUGAGUUACAGGAUGUGAAAGAGGAACGCUCUUUUUACCAAGAUAAGUCUGACAGACUGAACCAAGAACUUAACCAUGUCUUAGGAGGACAUGAAAACCGUAUCAUCGAUGUAGAUGCUUUAUGUAUGGAGAACAGGUAUCUUCAAGAGAGAUUAAAACAACUUCAAGAGGAAGUCAACCUUCUUAAGUCUAAUAUUACUAAAUAUAAGAACGCACUAGAGAGACGAAAAAAUUCAAAGACUCAUAGUAGAUCCAGUAGCAGUGCUCUGACUGGAGUCCUGUCUGCAAAGCAAGUCCAAGAGCUGUUGUCGGAGGAUCAUGGAUGUAGCCUACCAGCCACACCACAGUCCAUUUCAGAUCUCAAAUCACUGGCCACUGCAUUGCUGGAAACUAUCCAUGAAAAAAACAUGGUCAUACAACACCAAAGGCAAACCAACAAAAUUCUAGGUAAUCGAGUGGCAGAACUAGAAAAGAAAUUAAGAACUUUGGAAAUUGCUGGCUUGUGGAGUCUUCCAGGCCUGAGCUACAAUGUCUCAGUGGGAUUUGGGAGUGGAAAGGAUACCAUAACAUUCAGUGACCCAAUGUUGCCUGUUAUACAGCGGUCCAGGUCACCAUUGUUAGCGUUUACUGAUAAGCCACAGAAAACUGAAGUACAAGCAGAACAGAAGGGAGAAUGUGAUGAAACUUGUGCUGUUGCAAGUGAGUCCCUGGCUCCAGAGGGAACAAACUUAAAUAACAGAAACCAAAAUAAACAUUUUUAUCCUUCAUUACCCCAGCUACCUUCCAAGGAAGAAGAAAUAAACAAGCUUGGAAGUCAGAUAAUUAAACUGACAGAGCAGGCAGUUGCAGAACUGGAAGGGAAAAGAGCAGACGCUUCCACAGGGGAGCAGAACACUGUGGUUGGAGCAGAGCUUAACGGUUCAUCUGAGGGAGAGUUCCCACUUUCCAGCCCUGACCCAUCUGACCCCACAGAUCCCUCCAACUCAGAGAAUGAACAAGCAGUUGAAACUGAGACCCUGAAAGACAGUGAUGAAACCUCAGAGAGCGACUGUGAAAUUCCAAAUGAAAGAGGGGGUCGACAUAACGGCACCGUGGAUGUGGUGCAUACCGAGGACCCUGGAAGGCGUGGAGAGCUCAGUGUUACAACUGCACACGCAAAUAACAGCUUUGAGGAGCUCCCUGAAUCUGUAAACAAGAAACCAUCCAGUCUUGCUGAAAACUGUGAAUAUUUGGAUAACAGUUUGGCUUGAGCUCAUCUCAUGAAAAUGCAGGGAGUUAUUUCACCAGACACUGAGAAUCCAAUUUAAGGAAGCUCUGAAGGAAACAUCAUCAGAGAAGCCAAAAGUCCUUCUGUGAGAAAUGGCCAUGCUGUUCCAAAGCAAGGAGAACAGCAAGAGGAGAACCUGUGAUGUGCUGUCCACCUACUUGGCUCUCUCAGUUACUGGAAUUUUAGUCCUCAAUUUAGAGGAGCCAGAACAGCCCUCAGGCUGAGUAGAUUUCAGCCUACUCCAUCUAUCUCUGCUCUUUAAAGGAAGCUGUGUCUUUUUUUAUUAUGUUUUGGAAUUAAGGAUAAGUCUUCCUUUCCUCCUUGUUUCGCUAAGUCUAUGGUGUGGUAGAAGGUUUAUUUGCAUUGUUGCUGCUUUCUUAGACUUCUUCCCUUGUUGAUGUUUAGUUAUAGGAAAACUUUCCUAUAAUAACUGGAGGCUGCUGUGUCAUUCCCUAGCUUGCUCCUGAUGCUGGAGCUGUGCCACUCUGCUUCUAGGAAGGCAGCAACAAGGGAAUACUUAACGUUGAAGUUAGCAGCUGUUGGAGAAGGGGAGGCACGUCCUUCCUCUCCUGUUUGUAGCAUAAGGAAUAGUCUCUGCAGCUGUGGAGCUUCUAUGGGCCAGCAGCCGUCAAGGCAAUUUUUCUGCUGGCUUGGGACCUAAUUGUCUGUAAAUGUUCAUUUCUCACUCCUAGAACUUGAAACCAAUCAGAGAGAAUCAAACCAAAUUUAAUAAAA